AUGGCCGGUGCCUUCCUUCUAAGGCGCCUGGGAGAGCACAUUCAGCAGUUCCAGGUCACCUCUGCCGUGGGCCUGGGCCUGGGCCCUGGGCCUGGGGCGCUCCCCAAAGAGGGAUGGUUGGAGCAGCCCCUGGACCCGUUCAACGCGUCUGAUGGCCGGUCCUUCCUGCAGCGCUACUGGGUGAAUAACCAACACUGGAGCAGCCCGGGGGGCCCCGUGUUCCUGCAUCUGGGGGGCGAGAGCAGCCUCGGGCCUGGAUCAGUGAUGAGAGGGCAUCCUGCAGCCCUGGCCCCAGCCUGGGGGGCCCUGGUGAUCGGCCUGGAACACAGGUUUUACGGCCUGAGCGUACCCGCUGGGGGCCUGGAAAUGGCCCAGCUCCGAUUCUUGUCCAGUCGCCAUGCGUUGGCAGACGUGGCCUCCGCCCGCCUCGCUCUCACUCGCCUCCUCAACGUUUCGGCCUCCAGCCCCUGGAUCUGCUUCGGCGGCUCCUACGCCGGCUCCCUGGCGGCCUGGGCCCGGCUGAAGUUCCCCAACCUCGUCUUCGCCUCGAUUGCCUCUUCCGCCCCGGUGCGGGCGGUGCUGGAUUUCUCCGAGUACAACGACGUGGUGUCCCGGAGCCUGGCGAACACCGAGAUAGGCGGAUCCCCCGAGUGUCGCACGGCCGUGUCGGCUGCCUUCGAGGAGGUGGAGCGGCGGCUGCGCGCGGGCGGGGCGGCUCUGGCGGCGCUGCGGACCGAGCUGGGCGCCUGCGGGGACCUGGGUCGCGCCGAGGACCAGGCGGAGCUGCUGGAGGCGCUGCAGGUGCUGGUGGGCGGCGCGGUGCAGUACGACGGGCAGGCGGGGGCGCCGCUGAGCGUGCGGCAACUCUGCGGACUCCUCCUCCCCGAGGGGGGCAACUGCAGCCGCUCCGCGCCCUACGGAGGGCUUCGUCGGGCUGUGAAGGUUAUUACGAACAGCCUGGGCCAGAGAUGCUUAAGCUAUUCCCGAGCAGAGACCGUGGCACAGCUGAGAGACACAAAACCCCAAGUGUCAGGCGUGGGUGACCGGCAGUGGCUGUAUCAGACCUGUACCGAGUUUGGCUUCUAUGUCACCUGUGAGGGCCCGCGAUGCCCCUUCUCCCAGCUCCCAGCACUGCCCUCCCACCUGGAGCUCUGUGAGCAGGUGUUCGGGCUCUUCCUGUCCUCCGUAGCCCUGGCCGUGGCCCGGACUAACGCCUUCUACGGUGGCCAGACGCCCGGAGCCAGCCGGGUGCUGUUUGUGAACGGAGACACAGACCCCUGGCACGUGCUAAGUGUAACCCAGAACUUAGGAGCCACGGAGUCAGCCCUUCUCAUCCCUAAUGGCUCCCACUGCUUGGACAUGGCACCUGAGAGAUCCUCAGAUUCCCCCAGCCUCCGUCUGGGGCGCCAGACCAUCGUCCAGCAGCUGCAGACCUGGCUCCGACUGGCAAAGCCAAGCCAGGUGGAGGAUGGGGUCUGA